CUGCAGUUCUUCUUUUGCCCUACCAAUGGCAGCCUACAACAACAUAUCAGGAAGAAGAAGAAACACUCAGCAUGCCAUUCAUCACUUCUUUAUGUUCAAGGUCCCUUAUUGACGGUUGUGAAAAUAUCUUUGAUUUCAGAUCUGAAUUAGUUAAGGUUUUAUGAAAAUAUUGAAAUAUAGUUCAAUAUUCCAACAUAAUGUCUUCACGGAUUUUUUGAAUGGCUUUUUAAAUAGAAUGAUAUUAUUAAUAUUUUCUUGUAAAGAAAUGAGAUAUAUGGCAAUUAUAUUGUUUUUUCCCAAGAUAUGCAGUAUAUCCAAUAAAAAACAACCACAAAAAGAACAAUAAUACAUGAAACUUCAUUCCAGUUCAGAUUAAAUUAGAUCAGGCAAUAUGUUCACAUAUAGUCUCAUUAAUGCUGUAUUGUUGGGCUCACCCUUAGUCUAGAGAACAUAAAGUACACUUGAGCACCAGGUGCUCUGUCACUCUGCAGCCUGGGAUGUGAAGCAUUUGACAGUAAUAAUGGUGUGGACACUAGUCUAUUUUAGUGAGCCUCUCACGAGUGCUUCAGAAUCUAUAAAUCUGCAGUUUCUUCCCUGAGGCCAAAACAGUCAUACUUCCAUCAUCUGAGAGCCUCCAGGAAAAAGCAAAGGCACUAAAAUGUCUGAAUCUGUUCCGAAAAAGCCCAAGAUUUCUGCAUCUCGUCGGUUAUUCUUAAAGACCAAAAUACUGAAGAAGGCCAGCACCCUGCUGGCAGACGAGAAGGAACAGAAAAAGAUUGACAGAGAGCGAACACUCAGUGAGAGAGUUCCUCCUCUCCAGCUGUCUGGACUGUCUGUACAGGACUUACAGAAUCUGUGCAAAGAACUCCAUCAAAAAAUUGAUGUUGUCGAUGAGGAACGAUAUGACAUUGAAUCUAAAGUUGCCAAAAAUGAAAAGGAGAUUGAAGAUUUAAACCACAAAAUCUUUGAGCUGAAGGGAAAAAUGAAGAGACCUGCCCUGAAGAGAGUGAGAGUGUCUGCUGAUGCCAUGCUGGGGGCUCUGCUAGGUGCCAAACACAAGGAAUCCAUUGACUUUAAAGCUAACCUCAAGACAGUGAAGAAGGAGGAGGAAAAGAAAGAAGAAGUGACCGACUGGCGUAAAAAUGUGGAUGCUAUGUCUGGCAUGGAGGGCAGGAAGAAGAUGUUUGCGGGACCAAAUGCAUAAUGAAUUCUUUAAAAAUUGUUAUUUCAAAAAUUAAAGUCCAAUGUGAAAGCUAUUUAAAAAUACACAUAUUUAGCUGCUGUUUACUUGUGGUUAUGCAUUUUUUUUGUUUUAUUGCAUAAACAGCUGGAUGAAUGAAAAACAAUUGUAUGAGAAAUUCAAAAAGCUGUGCUAUUGUUAUAACCACAUUUAUCAGUUCAAAUAUUGAAGCAUGUGAUUUAUGACACAUAUAAAACAUUUAUUUAUGUUAAUAUUUGU